GUCUGAACAGACUCGGAAGGGAUGUAGCUUGAAAUUCCAGUGGUAAAUUAGCUAGCUAUGCAACGAAUGGACUGGAUACUCUGGUCAUUAUUCAUAGAUUUUAUGCUAAACAGCUUUUUCAAAUAAAAUCUGGAGUCGUGAAAAUAUCAAUAUCAUGCAUUUCAUACAUGCAGGAGGGAUCAAUUGCAUGUAACGUUACUUGGACUGGACCAGACAAUGUAGCUAAUUUAGCUAGCCUAGCUAAAUUACCGGCGUUAGCAACUACCUGCUUCACCCUUGUAGCGUUAGGCUAGCUAAAAUGACAACUGGUGGUUUGUACCUGACGCGAUAUUAGCGCAACACAUUUGUAUUUACUCAAGGCGCUUGAUAGCAUAGCUAGCUAACGUUAAGUGGUACAGAAAUAGCCUAAAUCAGCUAGCUUCAUUUGCUAGCUAAAAUGACAUGAAGAACAUGCCUUGGGAUGACUCAUCUUUUACCCGACUGAUGUUAAAUGCAACUUUGUUGUUAAUGUUUCCGUUAGUAAAACAUUGAGUAGCUGCAUGCAUGUAAGUGUGGUAUAUGCGUGAAGUAUCCUUGUCCAUGCUUGCCUGUGUAUCUAGCUAAGCUAACUAGUUCACGUUAGGUAGGGACCCAAGAUGGGUUUUGAUUUGUCAAAAGAAGAUGCUGACGCAUGGUAUGUAUCUCAUCCCUUUAUGGCUUUUCGGGAAUAAUAUUAUCAACAAUGGCAUUUGUUUGCUGACACUGGCUACAUAGGAAACGAAAAGAUAUGGAUCCGCGGUUAAAAGGGAGAAUAUUCCAUUACUAGUGGCUAGUUAUCGUUCUCUGUUUUGCCGAGAUUGUCUGCAUAACUAGCUAAUCGAUUGCUAGCUGGAUGACGAAGACACCCAUUCUAUGUGGAUGAGACAUUUAAAUUGACGUUAUUGCUUGGCUAUCUACCUAUAUGCCAUCGCCCCAACAACCCAUUUUUUAUCUGGUCAACCAUGGCGGUUAGCGGGGUGAGUCUCCUUUCUCAAGCCGGGGACGUGGCUGCUCCGGCCGCUAUGUCCUCUUCCAAUACGUCAGUGUCCGCCAGUCCCACGCCAGAUGCGGACACCCGUGGCUGCGAGAACGGUGCCCUGAUGGACUCUUUCGGCAUCUUCCUACAAGGCCUGCUAGCGAUGGUGGCCUUCAGUACGCUGAUGUUAAAGCGCUUCAGGGAGCCCAAGCAUGAGAGAAGGCCCUGGAGGAUCUGGUUCCUGGACACCUCCAAACAAGCCAUUGGGAUGCUGUUUAUUCACUUUGCCAAUGUCUACCUUUCUGACCUCACAGAGGAGGACCCCUGUUCACUUUACCUUAUAAACUUCCUCCUGGAUGCGUCUCUGGGCAUGCUGCUUAUCUAUGCCGGGGUGAGGACUGUCAGUGCCAUUGUAGAGUGGAGGCAGUGGGAUGCUCUACGCUUUGGAGAAUAUGGAGAGCCUGUGCAGUGCACUGCAUGGGCGGGCCAGUGUGCUCUCUACAUCCUCAUCAUGAUGUUUGAGAAGGUCCUCAUCAUCCUGGUCCUACUCAUCCCCCAGUGGAAGAAGCUGGCUCUCCUGAACCCCAUAAACAAUCCUCAGUUGGAGCUGGCCAUCGUCAUGCUCAUCGUCCCGUUCUUCGUUAAUGCCCUGAUGUUUUGGGUGGUAGAUAACUUCCUGAUGAAGAAGGGGAGGACAAAAGCCAAGCUGGAGGAGCGGGAGGUGGGGGAGGAUGUGCGGGGCAACCGUAAGGUGCGCUACAGACGGGCACUCUCCCACGACGACUCGGAGUCUGAGAUCCUGUUCUCGGCUGACGAUGAGAUGGACGACUCGGAGGAGGAGGAUGUGCGCCGGCUCACUGGCCUCAAAACGGUCAAGAAAAAGAAGCACCGUAUGGGGAUCCCUGUUUAACCUGGGCCUACCCAGGCUCACUUGGUCUAACCCACUCCUGUAUCCACUCGCCUCACUUCACGUCCCGACUCUCUCCCUCUCCAGGCCCCGCUGCCCAGACUGGAGCCUCCUGGGAACAUAUCGUCUAGAUUCCUCUAACAGCAGGCUAGCAUUGGUCUCUUUGUGAGUAGGGCGCCUCUGUAGGGAGGUGGGAUCAUGGAGGACUGCAGAUCAUGGGGACUAUUGGACUGCCUUUACUACACAUUUGCAUGGGACUCCUGCAGCCUCUACACUGGGAAUAGAAACACUCGGGAAAGUAUUUUGCUGCAGCUAACCACGUCUGAGAUUCCACCAUAGAUCUAUCACUUAUGGUGGUGACACUCAUUGAAGAAAUUAAUUGUUAUGAUUGUGGAAAACCGUUAACACUGGUGUAUUUUGGGACUGGUUGAGUGAGUGACGCAGUAUAAUUGCUAGCACGCCUUCACUGUGGUUCCACACGGACUCUUAAGAGGCCACGGAUAAUAUUAACUGCAUCAGGUUAAGCUGUGAAUGGUUGUUACUUUUUCUGUGGUUUAACAGAUGACCCCUGUUGGAUGUAGUGGGAGAGAACAGGCACCUGGGAUUGCACUCGGUAUUUCCCUUGCCUUCAAGCAAACCUCUGUCAUUUUAACAUUUUAAUACAUUUGAUACUUAUCUUCCGAAUCUAAAAGUAAUUGUAUUCCUCAUUUAGAUUCCGUAUAUAAAAUGUAUGUCUCUUCCUCAGCUAGGCUGACUGCAAUGGCCUGUUAUAAGAGUUGGUGGAGGUGUGCGUCUGUCUGUGUGAACUUCUCAUUCAUGCAUGUGCGGGAAGUUUAGGAUGAUGCUCCUAUGGAGGCUUUGCUCUGUAAACAUGCAGUGUUUUAUAAUAACACUUACAUUUCUAACUCCUAAGCCUAUAUCAUGACUGCAGAGGGAGGACAGGUCAGGACAGUGCAGCUUGGCUGUGUGUGUCUCAACCAUGCACCACCCAACCUUAACCUAAGGGACCGAGACCCCUAUCCCACUGACGGUACAGCCAGGCUUUUAGGUCUGCAGGCCUGGAUCGGGCCCUUCUCUCCCUGUGUGUGUGUGUGUGUGUGUGUGUAUAUGACUUAUCUAGGAUCUCUUCUGUUACCUCUUUAUUCCUAGUCUUUGGUGUGUCCUGUUUAUUUUUUUACAGUAAGUUAUUUUGGACUAAAACCAUGAGACUGAACCUAUACCAUGUGUUCUUAAUUCAGAGACGGAGUAGAUAUGGGACCUGAGGGUGUGUCCUCACAACCAAUAUUCAAACUCUCUGCUCUUGCCCCCAUCACUGGUCUAAGGAUGUUCUUUGUUUGUUUUGUAUUUGUUUUGUUCAUUCCUUGUUUUCGACAAUGUGCCUGUGUGAAUUUACCGUGUUUGUGGAUGUUCAUCUUGUGCCUCAGAUCUUCAGACUUGCAGUAGCAUUCAGUUGGUUUGGCUCAGAUGUUGAGAACUUGACAGAAGCACAGACCUCUAGACUGGGAGUGACUUUUGGGCCGGUGUACAACCUACAGUACAGUGGAGAGCAGUGCGGGUAUGUUUGUAUGUUUGUGUGUGCAGUGGUGUAGUACUCGAGACUGGUCUCGAGACCACAUAUUGAGUGUCUUGGUGUCAGAUACAUUUGUACUCUGUCUUGACUCGGUCUAGAACAGUGACGACUCGUAAUUUCUUCCCGAUACCAGCAGAGUAAAAAUAAAACAUAAUUAUCAACUUCCAUUCAGUCAGUACAUAAAACCACUUUGCCAGGCCAAAUAUACAGUGUAUUCAGACCCCUUGACUUUUUCCACAUUUUGUUACGCUACAGCCUUAUUUUAAAUCCUCAAUCUACACAUACUACCCCAUAAUGACAAAUCAGAAAGAUUGUUUUUAGACAUUAUUUGCAAAUUUAUACUGAAUAAAAACUGAAAUAACUUAUUGAGGUAAGUAAUUCAGACCCUUUGCUAUGAUAUUCUAAAUUUAGCUCCGGUGCAUCCUGUUUCCAUUGAUCAUCCUUGAGAUGUUUCUAUGACUUGAUUCGAGUCCACCUGUGGUAAAUUAAAUUGAUUGGACAUGAUUUAGAAAGGCACACACCUGUCUAUAUAAGGUCCCACAGUUGAUAGUGCAUGUGAGAGCAAAACCAAGCCAUGAGGUUCAAGGAAUUGUCCGUAGAGUUCCGAGACAGGAUGGUGUCGAGGCACAAAUCUGGGGAAGGGUACCAAAACAUGUCUGCCGCAUUGAAGGUCCCCAAGAACACUGUGACCUCAAUCAUUCUUAAAUGGAAGAAGUUUGGAACCACCAAGUCUCUUCCUAGAGUUGGCUGCCUGGCCAAACAGCAAUCAGGGGAGAAGGGCCUUGGUCAGGGAGGUGACCAAGAACCCGACGGUCACUCUGACAGAGCUCCAGAGUCCCUCUGUGGAGAUGGGAGAACCUUCCAGAAGGACAACUAUCUCUGCAGCACUCCACCAAUCAGGCCUUUUUGGUAGUGGCCAGAAGGAAGCCAUUCCUCAGUAAAAGGCUCAUGACAGCCUGCUUGGUGUUUGCUAAAAUGCACCUAAAUGACUCUGACACGCGAAACAAAAUUCUCUGAUCUGAAACCAAGAUUGAACUCUUUGGCAUGAAUACCAAGCGUCACAUCUGGAGGAAACCUGACACCAUACCCAAUAAGACUCAAGGCUGUAAUCGCUGCCAAAGGUGCUUCAACAAAGUACUGAGUUAAGGGUCUGAAUACUUAUGUAAAUUAUAUAUUUCUUUAUUUUAAAUACAUUUGCAAAAUGUCUAAAUCUGUUUUUGCUUAAUAUGAAAAUAGUCACGGGGUCUGAAUACUUUCCAAAUGCGCUCUAUACACUUUCUUAACAUUAUCUUAACAGCCUUUAUCUAUUAUAGACGUUUGAGCAGUGGCGAACCUAUAGGCGUUCCGUGUGUAACAUGUUUGUGAUUCUGAAAGGACAACAAGCGUAAUACCAGCGCACUCAUGUAGGAGAGUGCACUAUUUGUAAAACACAAAGGGCCAGUGGUGUAGUGGAGGGUAUACGCAGGUAUAAGCCAUAUCCCACUUUCUUUUCAGUGGGCAUUGCUUAUACUCAACAACUUAAUCCCUACUGAUGCGUAUCAGUGUUGUGGAGGUAUAAGACUUAUCAAUUAUGUAGUACAAUAGAGAAAUGAUGCACUAAGCCACCUACACAAUCGCAAACCCUGUGAAAUACACUGCUCCAAAAAAUAAAGGGAACACUUAAACAACACGAUACAAUGUAACUCUAAGUCAAUCACACUUCUGUGAAAUCAAACUGUCCACUUAGGAAGCAACACUGACAAUACAUUUCACAUGCUGUUGUGCAAAUGGAAUAGACAACAAGUGGAAAUUAUAGGCAAUUAGCAAGACACCCCCAAUAAAGGAGUGGUUCUGCAGGUGGGGACCACUUCUCAGUUCCAAUGCUUCUUGGCUGAUGUUUUGGUCACUUUUGAAUGCUGGCGGUGCUUUCACUCUAGUGGUAGCAUGAGACGGAGUCUACAACCCGCACAAGUGGCUCAGGUAGUGCAGCUCAUCCAGGAUGGCACAUCAAUGCGAGCUGUGGUAAGACGGUUUGCUGUGUCUGUCAGCGUAGUGUCCAGAGCAUGGAGGCGCUACCAGGAGACAGGCCAGUACAUCAGGAGAUGUGGAGGAGGCCGUAGGAGGGCAACAACCCAGCAGCAGGACCGCUACCUCCGCCUUUGUGCAAGGAGGAGCAGGAGGAGCACUGCCAGAGCCCUGCAAAAUGACCUCCAGCAGGCCACAAAUGUGCAUGUGUCUGCUCAAACGGUCAGAAACAGAUUCCAUGAGGGCCCUGACGUCCACAGGUGGGGUUUGUGCUUACAGCCCAAGACCGUGCAGGACGUUUUUCAUUUGCCAGAGAACACCAAGAUUGGCAAAUUCGCCACUGGCACCCUGUGCUCUUCACAGAUGAAAGCAGGUUCACACUGAGCACUUGUGAUAGUCUGGAGACGCAGUGGAGAACGUUCUGAACAACAUCCUCCAGCAUGACCGGUUUGGCGGUGGGUCAGUCAUGGUGUGGGGUGGCAUUUCUUUGGGGGGCUGCACAGCCCUCCUUGUGCUCGCCAGAGGUAGCCUGACUGCCAUUAGGUACCGAGAUGAGAUCCUCAGACCCCCUGUGAGACCAUAUGCUGGUGCGGUUGGCCCUGGGUUCCUCCUAAUGCAAGACAAUGCUAGACCUCAUGUGGCUGGAGUGUGUCAGCAGUUCCUGCAAGAGGAAGACAUUGAUGCUAUGAACUGGCCCGCCCGUUCACCAGACCUGAAUCCAAUUGAGCACAUCUGGGACAUCAUGUCUCGCUCCAAUAUUAACUAGGUGAAAUUAUGUCACUUCUCUUGCGUUCAUUGCACGCAGAGUCAGUGUAUAUGCAACAGUUUGGGCCGCCCUUUUGCCAGAAUCUUACGUAAUUAUGACAUAACAUUGAAGGUUGUGUAAUGUAGCUGGAAUAUUUAGACUUAUGGAUGCCACCCAUUAGAUAAAAUACGGAACGGUUCCUUAUUUCACUGUAAUAAUAAACGUCUUGUUUUCGAGAUGAUAGUUUCCGGAUUCGACCAUAUUAAUGACCUAAGACUCGUAUUUCUGUGUGUUUAUUAUGUUAUAAUUAAGUCUAUGAUUUGAUAGAGCAGUCUGACUGAGUGGUGGUAAGCACCAGCAGGCUUGUAAGCAUUCAUUCAAACAGCACUUUCGUGCAUUUUGCCAGCAGCUCGUCGCUGUGCUUCAAGCAUUGAGCUGUUUAUGACUUCAAUCCUAUCAACUCCCGAGAUUAGGCUGGUGUUGACAUCUUUGCUGAAAUCCAGUCAGGUGUGGUUUUUUUUGUGUUUUUUGGCGAAUGCGUAAUAAUGAUUUAAAGUUGCGCUGUUGCAACUGCCUGUAAACACACAGUCCAGUUCAAAGUGAAUGAUUGCAGGCAUGUGUUUCAAAUGACUUGUUUGUAUGAAGGUCUACUAUAGCUCUGAUUAGCUAUAGCGGUCCGUUCCGUGUCGACUCCGGUCCUGGACAAGACCAAUGUUUUUAUUCGUUUUUUUGUACAGCAGUAUCUAUUAAUUGUCCAAACGCUCGGCCGCUUUCCCACUCUCUAUUUUCACAAAUCCCUUAGAAUACUUCAUUCCAAAACAUUCUAAGAAUUUAGGAAACCAUGAAAAUGACCAUAUCUAAUUUGUCACUUGUCAGAAUAAUUUUUUAAAAGUGUCAUUCUUCCUGGGGGUGUAUAUGAACAGAUUUCAUGUUGAAAAAAUGCAGUCAGUUCCACUUUGAAUGCAACAGUGUUCCACACACAAGUUAUUUCUGUGCUUCUUUCUACAUCUGCAUUGCUUGCUGUUUGGGGUUUUAGGCUGGGUUUCUGUACAGCACUUUGUGACAUCUGCUCAUGUAAAAAAGGGCGUUAUAAAUACAUUUGAUUGAUUGAUUGCUAACAGCAAGGUCGCUGCAAUAGAAAAGUUCCACUCACCAGAUGAUGAUCAUUUGAAACUUCUUGUUGAAAGUUAUUCUUGAAAUGGGAGAAGCUAACAAAUCAUCAACAACAUCCUCUUUGAUAACACCUGCUGCAGCCCUGUAAACUGUUAACCCUUUCCAUCCAACAAAAACUGAUGAUUAAAUCAGAACAUAAUUUUAAAAUAGUAUAAUUUAUAAUUAUUUUAUAAAUCUUUCGCUAUUUCCUUAGCCCAUUGUUCCCCAGUGUGUUUGGGUUAGUAAUAACUUGUAGAGUGGCUCUAUUUGCCCUCGGCAUGCAUUUAUUCACUAUUAUGAAUAUCUAAAAUAUCCAUAUGCUAUUCUGAAAUAUGAACACUGGACAUUUUUAACUCUUAUGGUAGUGAUUCGACAAUAACAUUCAUGGUCUUGAAUUGGACUUGCAUUUUUCUGUUCUUGACUUUGUCCCCCCCCCCUUCCUCAGGUCUAGGUGUUGAAUCGGUCUCGCUUUAGGUGACCACACAACACUGAGUGUCUGUCUUAAUGCUUCUGUAAGUAAGGAGUGGUGAUACAGUAAAUGUGGUGAUGAUGAACUGUUUGAGUGUUGGCUGAGGCAAAGGAAUAACUGACUGUGGGGUUUGGUAAACGGUGGUACAGGUUGUCCUCCGUUCAACAGAGGGAUUUUAUUGUAAAAACUAAAAUGACUGGCAAAUGAUCGACUUACAUUACCAUUAAAAAUGAUUUUACAAUAAAGUUUGUAAAACACUGAAAUAACAGA